CGACCCAUUUGGUUCUUCUUCUACUUUCGCGGUUCUUCUUCUCACUUCUCUCUCUCAUCAGAACCUCCCAAAUCCAAUGGACGAAACCGAUAGAACUAUCGGCGAGUUCACCGAUGAAGAAGAAGACGCAAGAAGAAGCAGCGUGUUUGCAGAGCUAAAACCCUACUGCUUGGAGCUUCUGGAGUUGCUUCAAAACCCUACCAAGCAUUCCUCAGCAAUCCCCGCUUUGCUUCAACUCUUUCGCUCUUCUCACCCCUCUGCUCUCCAGCCCUUCUUCGACUAUAGUUUGUUCCCAUUGCUGCUUCUAUUGGAUGCGGCAGUUGAUUGCAGAUCACAACAGAAGGAUGAUACUAAAGAAAAUUUUAUGCCUGAUGUCCAAAAAAUGCCUCAUAAAGUGAGCGAUAAUGUGGCAGAAGGUGUACUUCAAUGUUUGGAAGAACUUCUGAAGAAGUGUCAUCUCAGAUCUGUGGAUCAGAUGGUUGUGGUGCUAAAAAAAUUGACUUAUGGUGCUUUGCUUUCUCCUUUUGAGGCUUCAGAAGAGUUCCGCGAAGGAGUAAUUAAGUGUUUUAGGGCUCUGCUUUCUAGUGUACUCCCAUGCCCUGAUAUGUGUUGCGCAUGUAAACAAAUUCGUGGUUUGCCUACACUAUUAGAAAGCAGGUCUAUGGAAACUUCACUCUGUAGAUCUUUGAAGUAUCAUUCAGAAUCACAAGAAUGCUUGCUUCUAUUUCUACAGUCUCAAACUGCUUCCGCUGCUGUUGGACAUUGGCUGUCGCUUCUUCUCAAAGCUGCAGAUACAGAGGCUACACAAGGACAUCGGGGUAGCGCAAAGCUCCGCAUUGAAGCCUUUACAGCCUUACGUGUGCUUGUUGCUAAGGUGGGUACUGCAGAUGCAUUAGCAUUCUUCUUACCAGGUGUUGUUAGUCAAUUUUCCAAAGUAUUUCAUGCCUCAAAAACAAUGAUAAGUGGGGCUGCUGGAAGUGUUGAAGCUAUUAACCAAGCUAUUAGAGGGUUAGCUGAGUAUCUGAUGAUCGUCCUUCAUGAUGAUGCUAAUUUAGAUGGCCUUGAUACGUCAAUAGAUUUUAUUGAUGAAUUUAAUUCAAGUAAGUAUAAAUCUGCGCAAUCUUUUCUGGAGGAGCUUCGCAGUUUGCCAGAUAAAGCUCAAGGGAAAGGGAAAAUAGUAGCAGAAGAUUCCAGCAAAGCAAUAAAUAUAGUUACUGCCAAAUCUGAAUUCAAAGAGGAGAGAACCACUGGUUCUGGCAAGGGGAUUGGAUCUUUGCAAGUGAAUCGUACAAAAGAUUGGAUUGAGAAUACUUCAGCACACAUUGAUAAACUUUUAGGUGCAACUUUUCCACAUAUUUGUGUUCAUCCAUCGAAAAAGGUGAGACAAGGACUCCUAGCUGCCAUACGAGGGCUAUUAUCAGAGUGCAGCCGCACGCUGAAGAAGAGCAGGCUGAUGCUUCUGGAGUGCCUGUGUGUUUUGGCCGUUGAUGAUUCUGAUGAGGUGUCUUCGGCUUCACAAGAGUUCCUUGAUGAUUUGUUUUUGUUAAGUGGGAAAAAUAAUUUAGAGCAUGACGUUGGUGAGAUCUUUAGAAGGCUGAUUGAAAAGCUCCCAAAAGUGGUGCUUGGGAGAGAAGAGUCACUCGCACUAUCACAUGCUCAGCAGUUACUUGUUGUAAUAUAUUACUCUGGUCCUCAGCUUGUGGUGGAUCACCUCCUUCAUUCUGCUGUUUCAGCUGCUCAGUUCUUGGAUGUCUUAGCUGUCUGUCUGAGCCAGAAUUCUUUGUUUGCUGGUUCUCUUGACAAGCUUAUUUCUACAAGGCGAUCCUCAGUUGGAUACCUUCCAUCUAUUGCUGAGUUGAAAGCUGGAACUAACUUCACCAGUAAUUACCUCACUAUCAUGAGUGCAACUCCAUUUGAAAAUUCAAUGGGCACAGAUAUUCGGGAAAAAGUUGUAGAAUAUCCUCCGGAAAAUGUACAGAAAAGUUUUGAGAUUCCACGAAUGCCCCCAUGGUUUGUUUCUGUUGGCAGUCCAAAACUAUACCAGGCUCUUGCAGGAAUUCUUAGACUUGUCGGUCUAUCUUUAUUAGCAGACAUAAGGAGUGAAGGUCAGUUGUCACUUAUCACUGAUGUUCCGCUGGGUUACUUGCGUAAAUUGAUCUCUGAGAUUCGUGUGAAGGAGUACAAUAAUGAGAGCUGGCAGUCUUGGUAUAAUAGAACUGGUUCAGGACAAUUGCUGCGCCAGGCAAGCACUGCAGUAUGUAUCCUAAAUGAGAUGAUAUUCGGUCUAUCAGAUCAAGCAUUUCACAUCUUCACAAGGAUGUUUCACAACUCUGUGGCAAAAAGGGAAGAGGCUCAGGAGUUUGAUGCAGGACUUGCUAAUGGUCAACAUCACAAAACUGAAUGUUCUUUGCCUAAUGAAUCUGUUUGGAAGGUGUCUCAGGAUAAAGGUGUAAGGAGUAAUUUGAUUGAUUGUGUUGGUAGAAUCUUACAUGAGUAUCUAUCUCCUGAAGUGUGGGAUCUUCCAGUAGAACAUAACUCUUCUCUUAUACAUCUUGAUGGUGAAGAUGAAGAUAUUAGUUUACACUUGUUCCGUGACACUGCUAUGCUACAACAGGUUAUAGUUGAUGGAAUAGGAAUCUUUAAUAUAUGCCUUGGAAGAGACUUUGCUUCCAGUGGAUUUCUUCAUUCAUCUCUUUAUCUGUUGCUUGAGAAUCUGAUUUCUUCAAAUUUUGAGGUUAGGAGUGCUGCUGAUGCUGUCUUACAUGUCUUUUCCACUACAUCUGGCUAUCCAACGGUUGGGCACUUAGUUUUGGAAAAUGCAGACUAUGUGAUUGACUCCAUAUGUCGACAAUUACGCCAUUUGGAUCUUAAUCCUCAUGUUCCAAAUGUGCUUGCUGCUAUGCUUUCCUAUAUUGGAGUAGCUCAGAGAAUAUUGCCUCUAUUGGAAGAACCGAUGCGCUCUGUUUCAGUGGAGCUUGAGAUUCUUGGCAGGCAUCAACAUCCUGAUUUAACGAUUCCCUUUUUAAAGGCCCUAGCAGAACUUGCCAAGGCAUCAAAGCAUGAGGCAUGCUCAUUGCCCACUAAGGCAGAGUCUUAUUUUAUGCAUGUGAAGUCUAUAAUCUCUGAUGUGAGGAAGAAAGCAAGAAUAGGAUCCAAACUAUGCUCUAUAUCAUCUUCUGAUGACGAUUUUUAUAUGUCUCAGAUGGAAUCAGAGCAAUUGGAGAAAAUUUCGUUCAACUUGAAUGAUUCCAAAAGAUAUAGAAGAACAGUUGGAUCUAUUGCAGGUUCAUGUAUAACAGCUGCUACUCCUCUAUUGGCUUCAACAAAGCAAGCAGCAUGCUUGGUUGCACUAGAUAUAAUUGAGGGUGGCAUAGUGGCACUGGCAAAAGUGGAAGAAGCCUAUAGGCAUGAGAAGGAAACUAAGGAAGCAAUUGAAGAGGUGAUUCGGUCAUGCUCAUUAUAUCAGCUUCAAGAUACUCUAGAUGCUGCUGAUGAAGGGACUGACGAGAACAGGUUGCUUCCGGCAAUGAAUAAAAUAUGGCCCUUCUUGGUUGUUUGUAUUCGAAAUAGAAACCCAGUGGCUGUUAGGAGAUGUCUAAGUGCCAUAAGCAACGUGGUGCAAAUCUGUGGUGGAGAUUUCUUUUCACGCCGAUUUCAUACUGAUGGGCACCACAUCUGGAAAUUUCUAACUAUGUCCCCAUUUUGGAAAAACGCCAAUCUAAAACAAGAAAGAACUCCAUUAAAACUUCCAUAUAGAAGUACUUCCAUUUCUCCGGAGGAGUCGGUGUCUGAACUAACCAAUUUGAAAGUCCAAAUUGCAGUGCUCAAUAUGAUUGCUGAUUUGUCAAAAAACAGGAAGAGUGCUUCAGCACUGGAAGUAGUUCUCAAGAAGGUCAGUGGUAUUGUAGUGGGGAUAGCUUGUAGCAGUUUUGUUAGGCUUCAAGAUGCAACUGUGAAUGCCCUUCUUGGACUUGCAUCUAUUGACCCUGAUCUUAUAUGGCUUCUUUUAGCUGAUGUUUACUACUCUAUGAAGAGAAAAGAUAUGCCUUCACCGCCCAUCCCAAAUUUACCAGUGAUUGGUCAAAUUUUGCCCCCUCCCUCAUCUCCUAAAGAAUUCCUUUAUGUGCAGUAUGGAGGACAGAGUUUUGACAUUGAAUUCUCUUCUGUUGAAACUGUUUUCAAGAACCUGCAUUCUCAAGCUUUUACUGACCAAAUGUGCAGUUAGACUGUUAGAGACUUAUCACUGUAUAUAUCUAGGUAAUAAAUUACCUUCAUUGCAUCA